CCAGUCGAUAAGAUGAAUGCCGACGCUGUCAAUGCUCAAGCUAUGGUGUUCAACAAUCAUCUUCUUGGCUUCUAUCGGGUGUACGACAUCGAAUAUGCCAAUAGAGAACAACAAUUCCAAGUGGAAAUGAAGAGAAAACUGGAACAGCUGGCGUCAAAGUACCGCGAAAGGUCUCUAUCGCUCUCUCGAGAUACAUUUCCCGUUGGAGAUGAAUUUGAGGAGGCUUGGGAGAAGCAAGGGAGGAUGAUGGAGAUGUUGGAGGAGGAAGAGCUGUCUAUUGCUUCGAGAAAACUGGUGGAAGCCACGGGGACAAAGAAGAAUAGUCCUAAGCUUUCGUCCUCUUCAGUAGGCCAACUGGGAGGUGGUCGCAUGGAAGCCGCUUCCAUCAUGCAUGGGACGUCUGAGCGCCAGCUGGACAAGAAUAAUGAGAUACGCCCCACCAUCAAUUUGCCAGAUACACGUGAGGACAACGGUCAUGACGGUCCUCGACGACGUCCCGCUUAUAUGAUGCAUAUCAUUCAUCAAUCACUCAUUUUCCUCUUCAUCUGCAUCUUCCACACCCACAAUUACCCCUGCCCUGCUCUUCCGCUGGUGCACCUGGGAGCGGCGGUGGUGGCGGGUAUCAUGACGAGCACGCAAACAAACCCGAUUUGGGUGGUGAAAACGAGGCUGCGAUUCUCGGCAAAGAGGAGGGAGGUUGCACUUGUGGCAUCGGCGGUUGGGGCUGGAAAGGGAGCGGGCAUUGGGAGCGGUGGGGUCCUGCCAAAACCCAUCGCAAAGAGCGCUGCUGCUCUUUCUACAGGCUCUGUCACUGUUGCUGCGCCAGUAGCUAUCGCUGCCAAGUCAUCACUGACACCGGCGACCGAGAUGACCAUGGGCAUUAUCCAGAAAAAGGGCUUCCGCGGACUUUACAAGGUUCUGUCGGCGAGUUACCUCGCCUCGCCAACACCUCCGUCCCCACUUGAAUCUCAACCCCUUCUCUCCUACAUUCCUCACAUCGUUGGCGCCUCCGGUGGAGCCAAAGCCGUCGCCUCUCUGAUCACCUACCCGCACGAGGCUAUCCGUACCCGGAUUCGUCAACCCAUUCCCACUGGCACCGCGCCCAAGUACACCGGUCUGCUACAGACGCUGAAAGUGGUCAUGAGGGAGGAAGGGGUGAGGAGCUUGUAUGGCGGGUUGACGGCCCACGUGUUUAGGGUUGUGCCGCAUGCGGCGUGCAUGUUUUUGAUUUACGAGCUGGUGGCUGCCAAGCUGGGGGCGUAG